ACGGCGCCUCGCACUCCGCAGUCAUCAUGCCGCAGUCCAUCGUAUCGGGCGCGCGCAACGCGGGAGGAGCCGUAGUCGCCGGCGUGGGCGUGGGCGUGGCGGGGCUAGUCGCGGCGCCCAUAGCGGGCGUCAAAAGCAAAAACCCCGUGCUGGGCGGCGUUGGCGGCCUCGUCGCGGGCGUGGGGAUUUUGGGCAUCUCCGUGUCGGGUGGCGUGGGCGUUGGCACGUACCAGCUCCUGGUGGGCGCGGCGAAGACGCCCGGCACAGUCGCCGCCAUCAUCACCGAUGACGACCUGCACGGUAAGACGACCAUCGACCUGGCGGCCGUCGAGGUGGAGGCGCAGGAGGAGUACCGGAAGAGCCGCAAGCUCGUGGAGGACGAGGCGGAGUCGCCUGAGUACACGCCGACGGCGACGCCCAAGGAGCGCGGCCUGUACGAGGCCCUCGGCGUCGAGCCCGACGCCAGCGCCGCCAAGAUCAAGAAGGCGUACUACAAGCUGGCGAUGAAGGAGCACCCCGACAAGGGAGGCGACAAGGAGAAGUUCCACGCCAUCGGCGACGCGUACCAGGUGCUGUCGGACGUGCCGAAGCGCAAAAAAUACGACGAGCUCGGGCUGGCGGGGCUCAACGACGCGCCGCUGGCGGACCCGGUGGUCGUGUUCGCGAUGAUGUUUGGGGAGCGGAAGUUUGGGCACCUCGUGGGCGAUCUGGCGGUGGUCACGCAGCAGCGACUGCAGGACGAAGGGCUCACGAAGGAGGCCACGGCCGAGAAGCUCAAGGCUGCGCAGGACGCGCGGGAAAACCGCCUCGCGAAGCUGCUGGCCACGCGCCUGGAUGAGUGGGUGAGUGGGGACAAGGAGAAGUUUGUGUGCGAGGCGCUGGUGGAGGUCGCCGAGCUCCACGAGCUGCACAUGGGUCCGCAGAUGCUCGCCAGCAUCGGCAUCGAGUACGAACUCUCGGCGGACCGCGCCCUCGGCGUGAAGGGGCACGACUGGUUUGGCCACGCGGCGUUGAGCCACCAGUUCGCCUCCGCCUCCAAGGCGCUGCGCGCGUCGCAGCAGAUGGCAAAGGACGCCGCCGAGUUCGACAAGCUCGACGACGAGCAGAAGGCGGCGCAGCAGGCGCAGUUCGCCGCGCAGAUGCAGAACUCGCUCUACAACUUGAUGGCCAUUGACAUCGAGUCGACGGUCGCGUCCGCCGUCGCCAAAUGCUGCGCCGACACGUCCGUCUCAAAAGACGUCCGCCGCGAGCGCGCCAAGGGCUUGCUCAAGCUGGGCAAGAUCUUCCGCGGCGUGCUCCCGCCGGCGGCGGAGGCGGCGCCGGCGGCGGCCGCGGCGCCGGCGGCGGCCGCGCCCGUGUCGUGAGCCGGUGGAGCGUGCAGCGCAGCCUUCCGCUCGGACGAGCCACGCAAAGAAGCAGGCAGCCUGCCAGGUGCCGGAUUGGGAGCAGCCGGCGUGGUGCCAGAGGGCCACGCGGCCGCUCUCGUACACGUCGAGCUCGCUGGUGUCGCGCCCGCGCCAGAGCGGGGCUCACGCUCGGUCAGUACGACGCGGGACGCGCGCAUCCGCAUCGAGACCUCUCAUACUAGAGCAUCAUCGGCCAUGGCCGCAGGGAGCGCGGGGGAGGGCGCUGGGAGAGCAACACGGAGCUCCGUUGGACGUUUUCAAGAUUUUUAGCGUGUCAGAGUGUGAAUUCAGUGGAACUAGCC